AUUUUUAGCCCCGGUUAAAUAUCCAUACUCCUCAGCAAGGAAUAUACUAGUAGGUAUAUAUCUAUUCAAAAUGUAUGGUGAUAAAAUGCGAGACUUCGCUGCUCUUUCAUUCCGUACAGCUCAACACGAGACGGCAGUAUUUUGAUAUUACAAAACUGAUUCAUCAUGCGUUUCACUUCACUCGUUCUCUUCGCCUUUACCACCGGCGCAAUGGCAGUUAAACGCUUCUAUGUGCCGGAACCGUUCCGUGUCAACAACAAGCCAACGCCUACGGGGUGUACGUCGUCGGCACUCGCCACACAAACCACCAUAAACCGAGGAAAUGAAGGCAUAUGGCAUGUCAGAGCAAACAUUUCAGACAUGCACGAACUGUAUAGCUUUCAGAAGACCGACUGGCUCGGCAACAAUAAAACUAAAGUUCUUAACACCUGUGGUAGCAUCUGCUUAGCGGGCAACGAUACUACAUACCCAGGAACCUGGCUGCCAAGUGGUAAAUACUUUCAGGGCGCUUUUGUCAACACGCCUGGAGGAAACCCGCCAGAUCACAUACUGUGGGAGUGUGCAUGUUACGAUCGGGCAGUGACAGCCAACGAUCUUGUUGCGGGAGGAGGAGUUUGGAAUAACGCAAAUCCAGGUAGUGGAACAAUAAUUUAUCGACAAUGUUAACUGGACGUUUUGCAUUGCCCGUCUUGUUGAACCCGUGCCAACGAGUAUGUGCGGGAGAAUCACGCUCGAUUUCUUGCCAACACCGAUGUACGUUCGUCAAAUAGGUUGGUCGGUAAAUGUAUAUAUAUACCUACUCGGACGUGUAGGUAGAUGGGUAGGGACUUAGGUAUGUAUCAAAGUUAACCGAUGAUGGAUCCUUUGAUCCGGGUAUUCUUUGGAAAGAAACCCAAUUAUGAAUAGGUACCCAAAACUUGAAGGAUAGGUGUUCUCUCUUAUCUACUUGAAAACCUC